AUGGACGCACGGAUGAGGAUGAUAAUCCAGGCAGCAGCACUGAUUAGUGUGAUUCAGGCAUGGAUCAUGUUCAUGCACGAGAGAGCUAUUUGUCGUGAUGGGAGACCGUUGAUCCACUAUGGUCCAUUGUUUCCCCGGGAACAGGAGAGGAUCCAAAAUCUGAACUACAUCUACAACUUCAAUGAUGUUGAAGCUCUGCGGAUGCUUAGAAUGAAAAGAGCACCAUUUGCCAGGCUUGUCGAGACCUUCAGGAACAGGGGCCUGUUACAAGAUAACAUCAACACCAGUGUUGAAAAGCAACUGACCAUGUUCCUCCAUGUUGUUGGCCAUAACCAGAGGUUCAAGGUCAUUCACAACACGUUCAGGAGAUCAAUGGAGACCAUCUCUAGGUACUUCAAGCAGGACUGCAUUGGGGCAAUAGAUGGUAGUCAUGUCACUGCCAGAGUUUCUAGGUCACAGUCUGCAGCAUACAGGGGGAGGAAGCACUACACAAGCCAUAAUGUGCUUGCUGCUGUUGACUUUGAUCUGAAGUUCACAUAUGUGCUGGCUGGCUGGGAGGGGUCAGCGCAUGAUGCAAAUAUUCUCACUGACAACAUGAGUCGACCUGAUGGGAUCAACAUCCCUGACGGCAAGUUCUACCUUGGAGAUGCUGGCUAUGCAUGUCGGCUGGGUAUUCUUCCACCCUUCAGAAAAAUAAGGUACCAUCUCAACAAGUUCUCUGGUAGGAACUUUCCUAGGACUGCACAGGAGCUGUUUAAUCUCAGACACUCCAGUCUUAGAGUAACUGUUGAGAGGGCAUUUGAAGCUCUGAAGAAUAGGUUUAAGAUUCUGGAUCAGAAUCCAUUCCACCCAUACUCCACUCAAGUUAAGCUAGUUCUUACUUGUUGCAUUCUGCAUAACUGGAUCCUCCAAUGGGGCUUUGAUGAACACGUGCCUGAGGAGGAAGAGGUCGAGCCUGACGAUGUUGUUAGCUCAAGCCAUGGUGUGGAGGCAUUUGACAAUGACGCUUGGAAGAACAAAAGGUUGAAGUGGGCAGAGGCAAUGUGGCUU